AGUCUCUCUAAAAAGCGACCGCAGUCAGUCCAUCGCGAAGCUUCGAGUCGUCACACAAAAUUGAUUUGCGCGAGUGAAUCCCCCACGCACAGUCACAGGAAUCGCGAGGAUUCGCAGUUGCCCAGGAGUGGGAGGAUAAUUUCACGCAAGCCACCGCACCAGACACGGAUUCAGGAUGGCGGGUCCACUGCUCAAGACGUGCUGCCACUGCCAAUCUCUGCGCACGGGCGCGAUCAUCUCCGGCGUGUGCGGCAUCCUGCUGGCCAUCGCGUCGCUCAUCGUGAUGUUCGUGGCCAGGGUGGAGUUUAAGACCAUCGUGAUCGACUGGCUGCCCUCGUCCGUGGUCAAGAUCAUCCUCGCCAUCAAUCUCUGCAUGACGAUACUCAUCUGCACGCUGAUGAUCGUGGGCGUGCUGAAGAGGAAUCACUAUCUCAUGCUGCCCUGGGUGGUGCUGGGCAUUGUGCUGGCCGUCGGGCUGCUCGUCAGUGUCAUCUACACAGCCGUAGUGUUCCUCAUCGACGGAUUCGUGCUGGCCGGCAUUCUCUGGCUCAUCUUUGGCCUCCUGUCAGUCGUGAUCUACGUCUACAUGUGGAUGGUCACAUACAGCUUCUUCAUGAUACUCAAAGAAGAUAACGACCGCGGCAGAUAUUCGCAACCAUAUCGUCGCUGAAGAAAAGUGCCUGUCUGG